GAGUCGAGUCGAGUGAGGUGGUGGUACCGCGGGCCGGGCCUCGCCGCGGCCUGCGCCCACCCCCUCUAUUAGAUGGACCAGUCAUCUCCAACCUACAUGCUUGCCAACCUAACCCACUUGCACUCCGAGCAGCUCCUGCAAGGCUUGAACCUGCUGCGCCAGCACCGCGAGCUCUGUGACAUCAUCCUGCGGGUCGGCGAUGUCAAGAUCCAGGCCCACAAGGUGGUGCUGGCCAGCAUCAGCCCCUACUUCAAAGCCAUGUUCACCGGCAACCUCUCCGAGAAGGAGAACUCCGAGGUGGAGUUCCAGUGCAUCGACGAGGCGGCCUUGCAGGCCAUCGUGGAGUAUGCCUACACGGGGACCGUCUUUAUCUCCCAGGACACUGUAGAGUCGCUUCUGCCAGCCGCAAACCUCCUGCAGAUCAAGCUGGUGGUGAAGGAAUGUUGUGACUUUCUGGAAAGCCAGCUCGAUCCCGGCAACUGCAUCGGGAUUUCGCGUUUCGCCGAGACCUACGGCUGCCACGACCUCUACCUGGCUGCCAACAAGUACAUCUGUCAGAACUUUGAGGAGGUCUGUCAGACAGAAGAGUUUUUUGAGCUCACCCAUUCUGAGUUGGAUGAAAUUGUCUCCAACGACUGCUUGAACGUGGUGACGGAGGAGACCGUGUUCUACGCGCUGGAGUCCUGGAUCAAAUACGACGUGCAGGAGAGGCAGAAGUACCUGGCCCAGCUGCUGCACUGUGUCCGCCUGCCCCUGCUCAGCGUCAAGUUCCUCACCAGGCUGUAUGAAGCAAACCAUCUCAUUCGUGAUGACCACACUUGCAAACACCUCCUGAAUGAGGCCCUCAAGUACCACUUCAUGCCUGAGCACAGACUCUCCCACCAGACCAUGCUGAUGACGCGGCCUCGCUGCGCUCCCAAAGUUCUCUGUGCCGUGGGAGGAAAAGCAGGGCUCUUCGCGUGCUUGGAAAGUGUGGAAAUGUACUUUCCCCAGAACGACUCCUGGAUAGGCCUGGCUCCUCUCAGCAUCCCUCGCUACGAGUUUGGGAUCUGUGUCCUUGACCAGAAGCUCUAUGUGGUGGGAGGGAUUGCAACCCAUGUGUGCCAAGGCAUCAGCUACCGCAAGCAUGAGAACUCAGUGGAGUGCUGGGACCCUGACACCAACACUUGGACCUCCCUGGAGAGGAUGGUGGAGAGCCGGAGCACGCUGGGAGUGGUGGUUCUGGCAGGAGAGCUCUAUGCCUUGGGCGGCUAUGACGGGCAGUCCUACCUGAGAACUGUGGAGAAAUACAUCCCCAAAGUGAAGGAGUGGCAGGUGGUGGCUCCCAUGAACAAAACCAGAAGUUGCUUUGCUGCAGCUGUCUUGGAUGGGAUGAUCUAUGCCAUUGGUGGCUAUGGUCCUGCCCACAUGAACAGCAUGGAGCGCUAUGACCCCAGCAAGAACUCCUGGGAGCCGGUGGCUUCGAUGGCCGACAAGCGAAUAAACUUUGGUGUCGGUGUCAUGCUGGGCUUCAUCUUUGUAGUAGGUGGACACAAUGGUGUGUCUCACUUGUCCAGCAUCGAGAGAUAUGACCCUCAUCAGAACCAAUGGACUGUGUGUCGACCCAUGAAGGAGCCCAGAACAGGUGUUGGUGCAGCUGUCAUUGACAACUACCUGUAUGUGGUUGGAGGCCAUUCAGGCUCAUCCUACCUGAACACUGUCCAGAAGUAUGACCCCAUCUCAGACACCUGGCUGGACUCUGCUGGGAUGAUGUACUGUCGAUGCAACUUUGGCUUGACUGCACUUUGAUGGCAAGCAGGGCUUUGGUGGACCUGACACAAAGGUGGAGCUUAAGUCUGCUUGGAAAUAAAUCCUGCUGGUGGAGCCCACGAGCUGCGUUUUGUGAAGCUGGAGGAACGUGGUGAAGUUGGGGCUGAAAUGAAGAAGAAUUUGGUUUCUUCAGGGAUGGAGGGAAUGGAAAGCUUAUUCCCAGCUGGGUUUAGGUAGCAUCCUGUUAAAGGGGGAGGUGAACUUGAGAGAGUACUGGGAUAAUAUCUAACCCCUUCACCUUCUAGAGGUCUUCUCUCUUCCUCCUGCCUCCUCCGAACCGUGAAGUUUCCCAUGCUUGGGGCGCAUGGAUGCGUGGUGUGACUGGAGAGCUUGCUGAGACUUGGCUGGUUGUGUCUUGAUGUGUAGAAGACACCAGUGCUUCAUCAUUUUGUGUUAUUUUUUUAAUGAACAGUAACUAAAGGGCUGCCUUGUUUCUGUCUCUCAAGGCUUGUAAAUAAUAAACACCAUGGCUUGUUGCCUGCACGCUCUCCUUUGGUACCUGCUCGCUGGUCGGAGGGCUGGGAUGAUAAUUAGUAACUAUUUAAAUUGAUUUACAAGGCAAAUUUGUUGCCUCUUCAUGAAUUUUCCUUUUUUAUUUGGUGAGGAGAAGUCACAUUUCGAACACCCUUGGUGUUUCCUGUGUGGUGGAGUCACCAUUUCAGGAGGUGUUCAAGAAACGUGGGCAUGGCACUUCGGGACAUGGUCUUGUGGCCAUGGUCGUCUUAGGUUGAUGGUUGGACUCAAAUGAUCUUAGAGAUCUUUUCCAACCCCUAGGAUUCUUUUGGUGGAUGAGUGCUAAAUGACUUCAUCUUCCUCCUGCGCUGUGGGUUGUCAGUUGUAACACAGGACAAAAUGACAUCAGGAGGCACCACAGCAGCAUAAAAUUGACACUCCAGGGAAAAAAUCCAUCCCAACCCUCUCCCAACCCUGCUUGUGUCCAUACUCCUUUCUUCAGAGAAUGAAUUGUUUCAUUAGCAUGUUCAGGUCUCCAAAUGGUGCUACAUGUAGGACUUGAUGGGAAGGCUGGUACAGGUUUUGGUGCAGUUUGCAUAGAGCAUGAUUUGGUUGUCCCAGUUCUCUGCUUGAUACACCCGUGCCUGUGGAAGCUGUUAAGAACAACAGGGUGUGCUGAGCUCCAGAGCUGUGACAUCAUUUUCUGUUCCAGAAUAUCUAUGUUCUUUUGUUCAUCUUUUCACAAAGACAUAAAUAGGGAGAGAAUGGUGAGAUCCCUUCCUGGCUUCUUCAGCCUUGAAGCUGCAGUGGCUGCCAAGUGUGGAGCAGAGUCACUCAUCCCCAGUGUGAAACAGAGUAGAGGAUUCUGCUUCCUGCCAGUAACCAGAAUCUCAAGAGAGAGCUCUGGGGUAAUCCUGAAAUUAGUGACUGUCUGGGCAGAUAAAUUUAUUUAUCAUCUUUAAAAGAGAUGAGUGAAUAGAUACAAGUUGUAGCUGAUUCAGGAUGGUUUGAUUUGGCUUUUAACUAGGAAUCACCAUCAGCUUGGAUUUCUUUUUUGAUGUCUACAUCUGUUUCCAGGUACUGAAGAACCUUUCUGCCUCCAGAGUUGGUUUUCCCUUAAGAUGUUAAAUUGCUGAUUGGUUCUCCAUGUUUGACCAUGUUCAAUCCCUGUUUCUUUCCCCUUGUUAAAUCCCUUUGUGUUUCCCCUCAUGUUGACAUGUUAAAUCCCUGGGGGUUUCCCCUGUUUUUACAUGUUAAAUUCCUUGGUUUUCACCCCCAUAGAAUAUUCUUUUUGAAGGUGCAAUAACAGAUGAAAUAGUUGCUCUAAAAGCCAUUUCUUCACAAGGAUGCUGAGCAGAGGGAUUGGGCUGUACCUGGUUUAUUCCAACCAGGCAAGCAGUGGGCUUCUGUCUUCUUCCAUAUGCUGAUUCUGAACAGGCCAGGAAAUGAGGCUGUUUUACCAGCAAACAUUAUUCCUGGAGAAAUAUUUGCACAGAUGGUAAAAUCCUGCCCUUACUCUUCACAUCUGGUAGAAUGAAGCAGGACUUUCAAAGCAAAGCAAAUGAAUGUCAGCCUUUUCCCUGGAGUUUGGCCCACUCUGGAACCCAGUUUGAUAGCAAUAAGCCUAAUUUAAGGAUUUCAGUAACUCUUUGGUAGGACAUGAGCAGCUCUGUGUGUGUGUGGCCUGUUUGUGUGUGGCGAGGAGAAGGAUGGGGAGCAGGUUAGUGUUGCAGGAUUGAGGGAGGUGUUUCAGCUUGUUGCCUUCAAACACACUGGCUCACAUGUGCUGCUUGGCUUUUCAGUUUUUCACAGGUUGCUCAUCAUGUUUGCCAACAGACACCAGAGAUAAAGGCACUUGACAGAGAAAGAGUGAGGAAAAAAUGCCCAGCAAUUCCUUACUGAAGAGGAGUUGAUGCUUUCUGUUGGCUGGAACCAUAUGCUUCAUAAGAAUGGUUUGGGUUGGAAGGAACCUUAAAGAUCAUCUAGUUGUUAUAUUCAUAGAAUAGUUUGGGUUGUAAGGGACCUUAAAGACCAUCCAGUCCCAAACACCCUGCCCCAUGCAGGGAUGUCUCUUACUAGUCCAGGUCACUCA